AUGGAGACCAAGAGGGAGGCGGGACUACUGGAGAGCAGGCUGAGCCUGGAGGACUAUGAGAAACUGCAGAGCCUCUUUCUGGUGAGUGGGUAUGGGUAUGGAAAUAACACAUUAGACACACACACACACACACCCCAUGUUGACCUCUGAUGACCUCUGUUGUAGGGUGACAGUGGAGCAGGUGUGUCCUUCUCCAGGGCAGAGUUUAUAGAACAAGCCUGGUCUGCAGUGAGACGUGGCUCCAGGGAGGAGUACGGCCUCCUAUUCGACAGUGUUGUCGUCACUCAGGAGCAGCAUAGCCUGCUAUUGGACAGUGCUGACGAGCGAGGGGAGAGGGCAGUGGACUGGGAGAGGCUGACUUCCUUCCUGCUGAUAGGGCUGUCAGAAAAGGAGGAGAAUGAACGAGCUGCCACCGUGCCUCGCUGGAGACCUCCUCGAACUCUGACCCCUCCACACCGUGACCCUAUCCAACAGGUAACACUAAACACAUCUUGAGCCUAUCAACUCACAAUGCUGUAAUUUUGCUAAUAAUGAAAUAAUGGAAUAAUGAAAUAAUAACUUAUAAGAUGAAUAUAAGCAUUUUAUGGUAUUCUCCAUCGGUGGUUGACAUCUCUAUGGUUACCCCAGGUGGUGUACCUGCGUAGCUCAGGCCGGUACCUGUCAGUGAGUAAGGGGGGCACGCUGGGGGUGUGGGCGGGGGAGGACUUCGCCCUUCUCCAAACACACCGCCUCCACAACGACUCUGUCAGGCCCAAAGAUCUCUGGGUAACAGCUAUGGUGGUGCUGCACAACGUACACAAGGUCCAGUCCAACUCAGCCAAUCAAUCAAUCAAUCAAUCACUGAGAUGACCUGCAUCCAUCCCUAUCAUCUCUGUCUCUGUCUCUCCUGUCUUCCUUGUUCGAGAUCUCUACUAUCUCUCUCUCUCUCUCGCUCAUAGAUAUCUUCUCUCUCUAUCUCUCUCUCUCUCUGUAGUCUCUGUCUCUGUCUCUGUCUCUCUGUCUGUCUCCUCUCUCUCUGUCUGACUCUGUUAUAUCUUUCUAUGUCUCUGUCUCUCUUCUCUCUCUCUCUUCUCUCUCUCUAUCUCUCUCUCUCUCUCUCUCUUCAAUUUCAUUUAAGGGCGUUAUUGCCAUGGGAACAUAGGUUUACAUUGCCAAGCAAGUGAAAAUCUCUCCUCUAUCUGCUCUCGAGAGAAACGAGAUAGGCUGAUGAGAGAGAGCAAGAUUAAGAUUUCUAGCUAGAAGCGAGAGAAUCUCUCUAAGCUCUAUGCUAUCGAGCGGAAGAGCGAGAGAGAUUAUCUCGCUCUCUCCUAUCGAUCUCUCUAUUCUCUGUCUAUCGUUUCUCUCUCUAUCUCUCUCUCUCUCUCCUCUCUCUCUCUCUCUUCUCUCUCUCUCUCUCUCUUUCUCUCUCUCUCUCUCUCUCAGAUAGCUGUGUCAUUCACCAGUAAGGAGGUCUGUUUCUAUGACUUGCUCUCCAAGCAGCAGUUUAGCUGCCAGUAUAUAACUCCAGGGUCUGAGAUACGCCCCUCUAUGUCUGGACUACUGGUGUCACCCCACUUACCCUGCCCAGGCUGUACUCACCAUGGGAGACACAGGGGACAGGUGAGAGACGGGGAGACACUGGGGGACAGGUGAGAGAAGAGAGGGAUAGACAGGGACAACUGAGAGAGGGAGGGGGAGAGACGGGGACAGGUGAGAGGUUAGGGGGAGAGAUGGGGACAGGUGAGAAGGUAGGGGGAGUGACAGGGGGGCAGGAGAGAGACAGGGAGACAGGUGAGAAGGGGGUGAGUGGAGAUGAGGACAGGUGAGAGGGGAGUGGUGAGAGACAGGGGAAGGUGAGGAGGGGGGGGGAGAGACGGGGUGGACAUGUGAGAGUGUAGGGGGAAGAGACGGGGGACAGGUGAGAAGGGGAGGGGGAGGAGACAGGGGGACAGGUGAGAAGGGAGGGGGUGAGACCGGGGGACAGGUGAGAAGGGAGAGGGGGAGAGACGGGGACAGGAAGAAAGACGGAGACGUGGGAGAGUUGGUGAGAGCAGACUGGUGCGAGCGAUACAGGGGACAGGUGACAGGGGGGGGUGAGAGACGGGGACAGGUUGAGAGGGGAAGGGGUGAGGCGACGGUGGGCCAGGUGAGAGGGGCGGGGGGGAGGAGAAGGGAGGGGAAGGUGACAGGUGGAGGGGGGGGGAGCGAACGGGACAGGUGAGAGGGGAGGGUGAGGUGAGAUACCGGGGAGCAGGUGAGGGGGAGGUGAGAGACUGGGGGCCAUGUGAGAGGGGGCGGGGGAGGAAGGACGGGGACAGGGGAAGGAAGCGGGGAGGGUGAGGACAGGGGGACAGGUGAGGGGGACGGGGGCAGAGACGGGGGGGACAGGUGAGAGCGUGAGAGGGGAGGGGGAGAGAGGGGACAGGGGUAGAGGGGAGGGUGAGAGACGGGGACAGGUGAGAGGGGAGCAGCGAAAGUGAGUGAUUGUGGUCACUAGGAUCCAGUGAUAAUAACCUCUUGCUUGUGUUUUCGUGUGUGUGUGUGUGUAUGUGUGUUGUCCUAGGUCAGUGCCAUAUGCUUCAGGUCAGCUCAGAUCUCCCUGUUUGAGAGGCCCAGUCCAGGGGCAGACACAGAAUCUGCUGACAUCAUCAAGUGGGAGGAGCUAGUUCAAGGUCGCCAUCGCUGCUGCUACACACUCAGACACCGAGCUCACGGACACGCCUGGGUACGCAGAGGUGAGCUCUGUCCCAAAAUACAUCUCAUCCUUUAUCCUUCUGACCUGAGUGGCUUUGUACUGUUGGUGGGUGUCAAUGACCACCAAACAACAUGUCCACACCAACACACACCCUCUUACAAACACAAGUACACCUCUGAUUAAUUAGCUGACAGGCCCAUUGAUUAACAUGUCGGUGUUGCUGGUUGACAUUUCCCAGACUGCUUUCUGUUGACUUGCAUAACCCCAAGCUCUUUGAAGUACACCACUAUCAAUUAAUAUGCAAAUUAGCUUGGUUGGUAAAGUGCUUACUGCAGGAGUUAAAGUGAUGCCUCACCACUUCUCAGUUUAGAGUCAGAAUGUCAGCACCACCGUCUGAAUAACUAGCUAGGAGGAUAAUAUCAACCUGAUUUCAUCCCUGUGUCCGGAUGACAUGUGGACAUCACACACACCUUGGCACUUGCCAUUACAAACACACACACGGUGUCACCCUGAACGUUGGUCCGUCCACAGACACACUCACCUUAGCACCUGGGGUGACAGCCAUCCUCAGCGCUUACUCAACCUGUCACCGCGGUUACGGGUUCUGCAGUGUCAUGGAAACACAAUGGGUCACGCGUCCACAGGCCCCCUCAUGCUCCUGGUCUAUACAUAAAUACAGACAUACACAGAGUAGACAGAUCACCAAUUAGGUGAUUCAGGAUAUAGCCUCUUACCCUUUAAACACACGCACACACACACACACACACACACACAAACACACACACACACACACACACACACACACACACACACACACACACACACAAAGCUCUGCUGAGGGGGUCAUCCUCACAUGGGAGAUAACAAGAACAAAAGUUAGAAUAAACAACAGCGUCAACACGUCAUAACCAUGUCCUAACACGUCAUAACCAUGUCCUAACACGUCAUAACCAUGUCCUAACACGUUGUAACCAUGUCCUAACACGUCGUAACCAUGUCCUAACACGUCAUAACCAUGUCCUAACACGUCAUAACCAUGUCCUAACACGUUGUAACCAUGUCCUAACACGUCGUAACCAUGUCCUAACACGUCGUAACCAUGUCAUAACACGUCAUAACCAUGUCCUAACACAUCAUAACCAUGUAGUAACAUGUCAUAACUCAUAACACAUCAUAACACAUCAUAACCAUGUCCUAACACAUCAAAACCAUGUCCUAACACGUCGUAACCAUGUCCUAACACAUCAUAACCAUGUAGUAACAUGUCAUAACACAUCAUAACACGUCAUAACCAUGUCCUAACACGUCAUAACCAUGUCCUAACACAUCAUAACCAUGUCCUAACACAUCAUAACACGUCGUAACAUGUAGUAACAUGUCAUAACACAUCAUAACACGUCAUAACCAUGUCAUAACACAUAACAGCUGACAUAACUUGUCAUAACCUGUCAUAAUAUGGUCAUAACACUGUCAUGACGCAUAUAUUUACACCUGUUGUGACAUAUAUUGCGUUAUUUUAUGGCUGGUUCUGACAACUACAUAAGCGUGUCAAAACCCACAUUUAUUCAAAUUAGUUUUUUCCCUGCCAAGAACUGUCCUUUCGGUUUAAAGUUUGUUUCUUAAAUCCAAUGUUGUUGUAAUGAAUUCUUUACAGGCACAUUUUUCUCAUCUUAUUUAAAUAACUUGUAGAAAAUACACUUUCUGACACUGUCAUGAAGCAUUAUGACCAUCAUAAUCACAUAAGCCAGAUAGGCCUAUCACGUACAGGCCCUUAUGUCAGUCAUCAGUCAUAAAGAGGGUGUCUUGUCCUGCUCCUGAUAUCCCAGUCAUCAGCAACAGAGCACUGGGUUAGGUGCAUGUCUGACAUAAAUAUGUGCACAAUUACAAUGAUAAUUGAAUAUGGUCAAUUUCAGAAAAAUGUUAUACAACAUAAACAUACUGUUAAAUAAUAAUAAAUAAUAAUAAUAAUAUGCCAUUUAGCAUAUACAUACUGUUGACACGUAGGCUAUGGUGUAAUGGAAUGGUUUGCCUUGUGUGGUAGGUUUCGUGGGUUUUUACACUCUUAUGUAGGUGUCAUAACCAGCCAUAAAAUAACACAAUAUAUGUCACAACAGGUGACAUGACAGUGUUAUGACCAUAUUACGACAGGUUAUGACAAGUUAUGUCUGCCGUUAUGACAUGGUUAUGACCGCGUUAUAAAGUGUUGUGACGCUGGUUGUCAAGUAAACAACAACAACAACAACAACAACAAACAAUAAAGCUCAACAAAAGGGAACAGAGGAGAUGACAGGGAAACCUAAAAAGGGUUAGCUCAUUUACAUUUUACUGGCAGUGUGUGUGUGUGUGUGGAGGGAUAGAUAGAUGGAUGCCGCAUGACUUCUCACAGUCAACAGAGCACAAACUCUAACUGAACCCUGCCUGUGAAAAGAACAAUGACAUGUUAUGGAGAGAAUCAUGAUGAUCCUCAACCCUCCUGUUCCUGAAAUGACACACUGGGUCUGACAGUAGACCUGUGUGAGUGUGUCUAUGUGUGUUUGUAUGUCAGCCACAAAAGAACGUGACUUACUGACAUUUCAAAGCUCUCCUCUCUCUGUGUGUAGGGCAGCUUAGUCAAUAUACAGCGCCUUCGGAAAGUAUUCAGACCCAUUCCCCUUUUCCACAUUUUGUUACGUUACAGCCUCAUUCUAAAAUUGAUUAAAUACUUUUUCCCCCUCAUCAAUCUAUACACAAUAUCCCAUAAUGACAAAGCAAAACAGGAUUUUAGAAAUGUUUGCAAAUUUAUAAAAAAACAAAAACAGAAAUACCUUAUUUACAUAAGUAUUCAGACCCUUUGCUAUGAGACUCGAAAUUGAGCUCAGGUGCAUCCAGUUUCCAUUGGUCAUCCUUGAUGUUUUUUCAACUUGAUUGGAGUACACCUGUGGUAAAUUCAAUUGAUUGGACAUGGUUUGGAAAGGCACACACCUGUCUAUAUAAGGUCCCACAGUUGACAGUGCAUGUCAGAGCAAAAACCAAGCCAUGAGAUCAAAGGAAUUUUCCGUAGAGCUCCGAGACAGGAUUGUGUCGAGGCACAGAUCUGGGGAAGGGUACCAAAAAAUGUCUGCAGCAUUGAAGGUCCCCAAGAACACCGUUUGGAACCACCAAGAAUCUUCCUAGAGCUGGCUGCCUGGCCAAACUGAGCAGUCAGGGGAAGAAGGUCCUUAGUCAGGGAGGUGACCAAGAACCCAAUGGUCACUCUGACAGAGCUCCAGAGUUCCUCUGUGGAGAUGGGAGAACCUUCCAGAAGGACAACCAUCUCUGCAGCACUCCACCAAUCAGGCCUUUAUAGUAGAGUGGCCAGACGGAAGCCACUCCUCAGUAAAAGGCACAUGACAGCCGACUUGGAUUUUGCCAAAAGGCACCUAAAGGACUCUCAGACCAGGAGAAACAAGAUUCUCUGGUCUGAUGCAACCAAGAUUGAACUCUUUGGCCUGAAUGGCAAGCGUCACGUCUGGAGGAAACCUGGCACCAUCCCUACGGUGAAGCAUGGUGGUGGCAGCAUCAUGCUGUGGGGAUGUUUUUUAGUGGCAGGGUCUGGGAGACUAGUCAGGAUCGAGGGAAAGAUGAAUUGAGCAAAGUACAGAGAGAUCCUUGAUGAAAACCUGCUCCAGAGCACUCAGGACCUCAGACUGGGGCGAAGGUUCACCUUCCAACAGAACAACGACCCUAUGCACACAGCCAAGACAACGCAGGAGUGGCUUCGGGACAAGUCUCUGAAUGUCCUUGAGUGGCUUGAGAGGAUCUGCAGAGAAGAAUGGGAGAAACUCCCCAGAUACAGGUGUGCCAAGCUUGUAGCGUCAUACCCAAGAAGACUCGAGGCUGUAAUCGCUGACAAAGGCGCUUCAACAAAGUACUGAGUAAAGGGUCUGAAUACUUAUUAAAUGUGAUAUUUCUGUUUUUUAUUUUUAAUACAUUUGCAAAAAUUUCUAAAAACCUGUUUUUGCUUUGUCAUUAUGGGGUAUUGUGUGUAGAUUGAUGAGGGAAAAAAACAAUUUAAUCAAUUUUAGAAUAAGGCUGUAACGUAACAAAAUGUGGAAAAAGUCAAGGGGUCUGAAUACUUUCCGAAUGCAGUGUAUCUAGCUUGUUAUCCACUCAUCUAACUUAUCUUCCCCCUCUCUCCUCACCUUCAUCCACUCCUUUUCUCUUUACUCACCUCUUUACAUUCAUAAAACACCUCAUCCUACUCCUGUACUUCCUGUUUCCUGCAGUGCGUUUCCUGGGCUCUUUGGACGCGUUGUUGUCGUGCAGUACCAGCCCCCACAGCAGCAUGGUGAUUGGCUGGAGGGAGAGAGAGGGCGAGCCCCUCAGAGUCACCGCCUUCCACACGGAGAAAGGAACCAAUGACCUGGACCACCACCCUGGGAUGAAUCUGAUAGGUACUGACAAGUCCUACCAAGUUCUAAUAUCUAUCCUUACUUCUCAUUGGUUGUAACCACUGCCAGCACUAACAUCCUUCUCUCUGAUUGGUUGCAGCCACCGCAGGUAUAGACAACAAGGUGUUGCUGUGGAACCCCUAUGUGAUCUCUAAACCAGUGGGUGUACUCAGAGGUCACAUGAGCAGUGUUACCGCCGUACGCUUCUUAGUGGGCAAGAAACAACUGAUCAGCUUCUCCAAGGACAAGGUGACAGAGAAGGAGAAGAGGAGUUGUUAUGUGUCGUAGACAUGCAUUAAAUGAAAUAUGCCUUAAUCUAAAUGAUAAAGAUGAGACUUAUUUUUUCAUGCAUGUUGAAGACUUUAAGACAACUCUCUCUCUCUUCUCUCAGGUGCUGAGGUUGUGGGAUGUAGCUAGUCAGCUGUGUAUUCAGCGUAUCGCCGGCAUCUUCCCCAAGACACAGGAGGAGUGUCACACUCUGUUGUUCCUUCAUGAGGAGCGCUCACGCCUCCUCCUCUCCUUCAACAGUCUGCUCAUCCUCAUGGAAGCCAAGAGAGAGGAGGGGAGGAGAGUCACCAGCCAUGAGAACCCUGUCACCUGUGUCCUCUAUAGCAGCCUGUUCAGACAGGUACACACACAGGAACACAUGCACAGUCACCUACAUCUACACAGGAACCAUGAUAAUGCUCUCUCUCUCUCUCUCUCUCUCUCUCUCUCUCUCUCUCUCUCUCUCUCUCUCUCUCUCUCUCUCCCACAACUCCCCCACAUCCCUCUCGCUCUCUCUCCUCUCCCUCUCCCACAACUCCCCCACAUCCCUUUCGCUCUCUCUCCUCUCCCUCUCCCACAACUCCCCCACAUCCCUCUCGCUCUCUCUCCUCUCCCUCUCCCACAACUCCCCCUCUCUCGCUCUCUCUGUCUCCCCCCCCCCCCCCACUCUCUGUCUCUCAGGUGAUCAGCAGUGACUCUGGCUCCCCCCCCCCCCCUCUCUGUUUCCCAGGCGAUCAGCAGUGACUCUGGCUCCUCAGUGACCUGUUGGCUGGUGGACACAGGUCAGAAGGUCAAGCAGUUCCACCGUUGUCAUGGUGAUGCUGAGAUCUCCACCAUGGCGUUGGACGGGACACAGACACGCCUGUUCACCGCCGGCACAGACGGAGUAGUCAAGGUCACUCAUUACAUUAAUUAACGUAGGCAGUCCCCAUAAGCAUGAAAUAUAUAAACACUAAGAUAUUAAUAUUGUUCCAUUCCAAUUUUGUAGGGCACUCUGCAGGGAUCAUUGUGUAAAAUAUAUAGGUGCAACUAAUGCAUACAAUAACCAUAGCUACAUCCACAGAUACAUACAUAUCCAUAUAACAAAUGUUUAAUAAUAUAUCUUCAAGAGAAGGGACCUUAAUAUGUUGCCUAAGUUGUUUUGAAAUGGAAGAAUUGGGUGAAAUAGAAUACAUUACAAUAGAAUUGUGUUGUGAGACUGUUUGUUGAUUGAGUCCAGUGAGUGUGACCCCUAACAUGUGGAGGUUUGAGGCAGCAGAAGCAGUGUUGGGCGGAGGCUAUCUGACAUUUGACUCUCUGUGAAACGUGUUUAAUCUUCUCUGCUAGUGUUUCUGUUGUGUCAGGAGCUUUCUGGUCAGCUGACUACCGGCUGUGUUUACUUGUGGUUGUGUCCGAACCCCCCAGGGGAGUGUGUGUUUGUCUGACUUUGUCUGUGCUUCUGUCUGUCUGUCUGUCUGUCUGUCUGUCUGUCUGUCUGUCUGUCUGUCUGUCUGUCUGUCUGUCUGUCUGUCCGUCCGUCUGUCUGUCUGUCUGUCUGUCCCAGUGGUAAAUGUUUCUGUCUCCUUGAAUCUUUGUUUCAAUGUUAACCUGGUGGUGUCAAUUUGAUGGGGUGUCUGUUCUAGGUUCUAGAUCUGUAUUUAUUGGUUCUAACUGUGUGGUUCUGUGUUACUAACUGUGUGGUUCUGGCUGUGUGGUUGUAACUGUGCGGUUCUAACUGUGUAGUUCUGUGCGGUUCUAGAUCUGGGACUUUAACGGUCACUGCCACCACAGGCUGAAUGCGGGCCGGGACCAGGCCGUGGACAUCUCCCAGGUUCUGGUGCUGAAGAGAACCGUGCUGGUCAUGGGCUGGGAGAGGUAUGAGUGUGUGUCCCUAAGACCUAAGAUCUGCACAUUCAACUGUCUGUCUGUCUGUCUGUCUGUCUGUCUGUCUGUCUGUCUGUCUGUCUGUCUGUCUGUCUGUCUGUCUGUCUGUCUGUCUGUCUGUCUGUCUGUCUGUCUGUUGUUGUGUCUGUCUGUCUGUCUGUCUGUCUGUCUGUCUGUCUGUCUGUCUGUCUGUCUGUCUGUCUGUCAGUGGUUGUGUGUCUGUCUGCUGGUUCAUCUCUUUAAAAAAAUAAAUAUAUAUUUCACCUUUAUUUAACCAGGUAAGCCAGUUGAGAACAAGUUCUCAUUUACAACUGUGACCUGGCCAAGAUAAAGCAAAGCAGUGCGAUAAAAACAACAACACAGAGUUACAUAUGGGGUAAAAAAACAUAAAGUCAAAAAAUACAACAGAAAAUAUAUAUACAGUGUGUGCAAAUGUAGCAAGUUAUGGAGGUAAGGCAAUAAAUAGGCUAUAGUGCAAAAUAAUACAAUUAGUAUUAACACUGGAAUGCUAGAUGUGCAAGAGAUUAUGUGCAAAUAGAGAUACUGGGGUGCAAAAGAGCAAAAUAAAUAACAAUAUAGGGAUGAGGUAGUUGGGUGGGCUAAUUUCAGAUGGGCUGUGUACAGGUGCAGUGAUCGGUAAGGUGCUCUGACAACUGAUGCUUAAAGUUAGUGAGGGAGAUAAGAGUCUCCAGCUUCAGAGAUUUUUGCAAUUCGUUCCAGUCAUUGGCAGCAGAGAACUGGAAGGAAUGGCGGCCAAAGGAGGUGUUGGCUUUGGGGAUGACCAGUGAGAUAUACCUGCUGGAGCGCAGACUAUGGGUGGGUGCUGCUAUGGUGACCAAUGAGCUAAGAUAAGGCGGGGAUUUGCCUAGCAGUGAUUUAUAGAUGGCCUGGAGCCAGUGGGUUUGACGACGAACAUGUAGUGAGGACCAGCCAACAAGAGCGUACAGGUCACAGUGGUGGGUAGUGUAUGGGGCUUUGGAGACAAAACGGAUGGCACUGUGAUAGACUACAUCCAAUUUGCUGAGUAGAGUGUUGGAGGCUAUUUUGUAAAUGACAUCGCCGAAGUCAAGGAUCGGUAGGAUAGUCAGUUUUACGAGGGCAUGUUUGGCAGCAUGAGUGAAGGAGGCUUUGUUGCGAAAUAGGAAGCCAAUUCUAGAUUUAACUUUGGAUUGGAGAUUCUUAAUGUGAGUCUGGAAGGAGAGUUUACAGUCUAACCAGACACCUAGGUAUUUGUAGUUGUCCACAUACUCUAGGUCAGACCAGUCGAGAGUAGUGAUUCUAGUCGGGUGGGCGGGUGCCAGCAGCGUUCGAUUGAAGAGCAUGCAUUUAGUUUUACUAGUGUUUAAGAGCAGUUGGAGGCCACUGAAGGAGUGUUGUAUGGCGUUGAAGCUCGUUUGGAGGUUUGUUAACACAGUGUCCAAUGAAUCUCUCUUCCUUCCUUCACAUCAGUUGAGAGUCUCUGGCAGUGAAACACCCAGGAGUAACAUUAGCUAUAACAGUGUGUUAGUGUGAUAAGAAAGGGAUAAACGCCAACGUUCUGUACAUUACCUUGGAAAUAAUGGAAGACACUGCCAAGUCCCUUUGCCGAGUUCAUUUUUCCUAGGUAAUGUACAAAACGGAGGCGUUUAUCCCGCUUAUACCACAGUUGCCAAAGAAAAUAAUAUGAAAGCACACAUUUACUGGUAUAAAUACCUUUUUUUCGUUGAGAUUUUAACUUUAAUAUGCUAAUUCAUACUUUCUCAUCUUUUGAAUGCUAGAGACCCGACCCAGUCGUUCAUUUGAUGUUUAUGGACGCAACCCAGUUGUUCAUUCUAAAUGUUCCAUUGCCAUGCUCGCUGGCAACGUUCUAAUCCCUUGCUUGCUAGCUAGCCAGCUAGCUACGGCUAACACAGUUACGACCUCUGCAGCCAGAAUAACAGCAAAGUAGCUGUUUUCUAUUGACAUUCAUUUGGAUACAUCAAUAACAAUGAGCUGAUAAUGGCCGGUUUUCCCUGGCAUAGCUAGUAACAGCAGUUAUAACAGAGUGAAGGGAACAGUCCUAGUAGUGACCCUCUCUCUCUCUUUACCUAUCUCUCACUCGUUCUCAAUUCAAUUCAAUGUAAGGGGCUUUAUUGGCAUGGGAUACAUAUGUUUACAUUGCCAAACCAAGUGAAAUAGAUGAUAAACAAAAGUGAAUUAAACAAUAAAAAAAUUAACAGUAAACAACAUUUAAAAAAUAAUAGACAAGUGUCAUAUUAUGUGUAUAUAUACAGUGUUGUAAUGAUGUGCAAAUAGUUAAAGUAUGAAAGGAAAAUAAAUAAACAUAAAUAUAGGCUGUAUUUAUAAUGUGUGGUUGUUCUUCACUGGUGCCCUUUCUUGUGACAGUGGUUCACCAAUGUUGGAGUUUGAUGACACACUGUGGUAUUUUCACAAUAUUUAUGGGAGUUUAUCAAAUUGGAUUGUUGUCUUCAAAUUCUUUUGGGCUGGAUAAUUAGGAAGUAGUGUUCCAAAUUUUAUGGAUACCUACAUUUGGCAGGGAGGGUUUAGGAAGUGUCAGUCAGUUUCCACCUCUUUUGUGGGCAGUGUUUGCACAUAGCCUGUCUUCUUUGAGAGCCAGGUUGCAGAUGCCUUUCUCAUUAGCAAGGGUCGUGUACAUAGUCAAAGAUACUCAUACUCUCUCUCUCUCUCUCUCUCUCUCUCUCUCUCUCCUCUCGCUCUCCUCCUCUCUCUCUCUCUCUCUCUCUGCAGGAUGUUAACAGUGUUCAGACUGCACUCGUUCUCUCAGUUCUUUGUUCAGCCCUCUGAGUGGAAGGGAGGAGUUCAGCACCGCGAUUAUGUCCUGUGUGCCGCAUUCCUGCCCCCUCAGACCCUUGUCACAGGUGUGUGUUUGAGUCUGUGUGUGUGUGUGUGUGUACAUUUGUGUGUACAGUAUGUGUCUCUGUGUGUGUGGACUUCCAUUAGAAUGAAAGAUUGCCCGCUCAAGCAACAGAAGGAGAGAAAUAGAGAAAAAAUCCACUGAAGUAAAACUAUCUGGGAGCAAUUAGCUGGUGAUUAAAGUGAGUGGUGUUAUCAAAGGCACUGUGCUCCCACGGUCUCUCUGCUCGGGAGCUUUGUGUGUGUGGGUGUGUGUGUGUGUCUGUGCGCGCGCGUGUGUGUGUGCGUGCGUGCGUGCGUGUGCAAAUGUGAGUAUGUGUGUGUAUGCCCGAUAUCUGCCUGUCAGGCCCACAGGCACACAGCACCCCCAGCGGAGGCCUGAACUCAGGCUCAACAUGGCUACCAUUAAGUACUAAUGCUUACCCACAGAGAAUAACCCAUCAGAAUGAUUAGGAGAUCAACCUUAAUGUUAACCGCACUAAUCUUCCAUUAACAUCACUUCAGGAUUUAUCGGGAGCUUUGAGAUGCAGGUGCUUAUCUGGGGGCCAUUACUAUAGAAUGGUCUUCUUCUUAUGAAUACACACGUCUCUAUCGAGAGGCCUCUCCUGUGUAGAGGACUGAAAGGUUGGUCUAUUAUGAAGACUGUUCCAUGAAACAGAAAUGGAUCUCUCCUGUGUACUGUAUAGAUAGAAAUGUCUUCACAAAGCUAAACUAGCACAGUUGUAGAGCUAUAGUUCUGAGAUACGGUGGCAAUGUUCCUGUUGAGAGGUACAGCACAGACUACACUCAUCUUGCACAAUGGCUACUCUGUGAAAGAUUCACUGCAGCGAUGAGUACAAGGCAAAGGAAAAGAACAGAGAGGGAACAUUUAGAAGAAUAUAAGAGAAGACUUUGGACAUAUAAAUAGAAUGGAAGGAAAGCAGACUGUUUCUGUUAGAUUAGAAAAGUUGGGAACAGAAAGAUAGGACAAGAUACUUUCAAAACAUAUUUAUCUCGUUCUCUCGCUCUCUCUGUCGCUCUCUCACCCACUCUCUCCAUUCUCUCUCUCCUUCCCUCUCUCUCUCCCAAAUUAAGUUAUGUUUAUUAGCUCUCCCUGUGUGACAGAGAGGAAAAUUAACCUGAGUAGUCUGCCUUUUAGGCCUGAAGUAGGGUGUGUGUGUGUGCGUACGUCUGUGUAUGUGUGUGUGUAUGGAUCUUUGCGUAUGUGUGCAUGAGAAUCAGAAUGCAGGAGAACUGUACUCUCCUCAUCAAUAUUCAAACUCUGUGCAGCGCUUUGCUUGGCCGCUCCUCGCGCUCCGACACUCACGGCCUUCCUCCCUCUUUACUGCUCUCUCUUUCGUUUCACUCCCCGUAUUUCACCCCUAAAGCAGGCAGUCUCUCUCUUCUUCCUCCCGUCUCCCCUAUCCACCUGCUCAUCUCAUCUAAUUGACCUAAAAGAGGUUUGGGACAUAAGAAGUCAAGGUAAUUAAAGCUUCUUAAACUUAAACUUUUCCCUCCACAUAAUAAGUGCCUUGACUAUGCUGGAAAAGUAAGCCCUAAACCUCCAUAUUGUUUUGUGUUACAAAGUAGUGUCUUUUUAUAUGUUUGACUAGGUCUGUCUGUAGGCAUGUCUUUAUGUAAAUGUGAUGGGCAUGACGCAUAUGGGCCCAGGACCAUGUACGCUGAGUAUACAAAACAUUAAGAACACCUGCUCUUUCCAUGACAUAGACUGACCAGGUGAAUCCAGGUGAAGGCUAUGAUCCCUUAUUGAUGUCACUUGUUUAAUCAGUGUAGAUGAAGGGUAGGAGACAGGUUAAAGAAGGAUUUUGAGACAUUGUGUAUGUGUGCCAUUCAGAGGGUGAAUGGGCAAGACAAAAGAUUUAAGUGCCUUCGAAUGAGGUAGGCGCACCGGUAUGUUUCAAGAACUGCAAUGCUGCUGGGUUUUUCAUGCUCAACAGUUUCCCGUGUGUGUCAAGAAUGGUCCAUAAGUGUUUGGUAUACUCAGUGUAUUCAUGUUAAGUCAUGUAUAGUGAUGUAAUGUAUCCAGGAGACAUGUUAGAGCACAGCAUGUGGGUGAGUAAUGUCAUUAUGUCUGAACGCCACGGGGUAUUCUUCUAGCCUCUAGCCUCUCUCUCUCUCUCCCUCCCCCUCCCCCUCCCUCUCCUCUCUCCUCCCUCUCUCUCUCUCUCUCUCUCUCUCUCUCUCCUCUCUCUCCCCUCUUCUCUCUCUUCAUCUUCCUCUUCUCUCUCUGUCACUCUCUCUCUUUAGGCUCUGUGACGCUCACCCUGCGUGAAGCAUCCUUCACUCCCGAUAAACGGUCCUCUCAACCUCCUCACUUCUCUCUCUUUCUAUUCUACCGAUUCCCCACGCUGUGAGCCUCCUGGGAGUCUGUCUGUGCACACUGCAGGAGACUGAGAGAGAGACCGAGAGAAAGAAAUAAGGAUACCAUGAGAGAGAGAGGCAGUGCUAACAGUCAGUGGAUAUAGCUGGCCCCUGGGCAGCAUGAAUAAUGCAUUGGGCUCCCUCAAUGUGCAACACUCAUAAACCGUUCUCGACUGCUCAACAUUACGAUACUGAACUCCUUUCAUCACAUCUCUUCUCCUCUUCUCUUACCCUCUCUUCGUAGCACGUCCUCCUACCGACGACGCUCCACAGACUGUCCUACGCUGAAGAGACACCUCGGAGUUCCAUCCUAUUCAUCUGGCCUGCCUCCAUCUCUCGACCUCCUUUUUCCUCCUCCUCCUUCCUCCAUCCUCAUUUCCUCCUCCUUCUCUCCCUCUUCCUCCUCCUUCUCUCCCUCCUCCUCUUCCUCCUCCUUCUCUACCUCCUCUUCCUCCUCCUACUGCUCCUUCUCUCUCCUACUGAUCAGCUCCUCCUGAACCCUCACAUCACACAGAGGAGCCAUGUUGUAUCAUGCUGUAUUCAGAUAAGCUCCUCCUGAACCCUCACAUCACACAGAGGAGCCAUGUUGUAUCAUGCUGUAUUCAGAUAAGCUCCUCCUGAACCCUCACAUCACACAGAGGAGCCAUGUUGUAUCAUGCUGUACUAUGAUCAGUGUUGGCAGGCCCAGAAAGAACAUAUGUUGUGGUAUUGUUUGUAAAGCGCUAUGAAGGUGUAAUCAUAACAUGACACACUGCACCUUCAGGAAAAUGAUUCUGAAAGGUUCUGGAAAGUUUGGCAAAGAGUGAAGAGAUUUCGUAAUGUGCAUAUCCUGUUUGCUUCCUGUUUUCUGUGUGGACAGGAAGUUAUGACGGGGAGCUCACGGUAUGGAACAACAGCACAGAGAACGCCCUGAGAAAGCUCCGUCCAGAUCCUGAGAGAGAAUGCAGCAAGGCUCAGACAGGUCAGAACCAAACACACACUCACACACCACCUGUCAAACGUACUACUAGAAGUACUACUGCUUAACCCCCACACUCUACACAAGACUCAUCAUCAGUGUGUAAUGGAAACGGUGAGGAGGACUCAGAGAGCAGUGAUGGCGUCUCCAGACUCUUCUUCCUGCCAGGACGCAAUGGCGUGGCCACCGCUGGUGAGAGAUGGUGUCUUUGUAGACUGCUGUGAAAGGAUACGUGAUUCUAUUGUAUUCUAUUAUACUAUUCUAGUCACUGACUGGCCCCGUUCUGUUCGGUAGGUGGAGCGGACCUGGUCUCAUGUGGCGGUUCUGGUCUGGUUCGGUUCUGGAACACGGUCCAGAGCGGUCUGGUUGCUGUGUUCAUGGCUCAUAAAGACACAGGUUCCAUCAUCAUGACCAUGAGCGCCUGUGGUCGAUACCUGGUCACUGCUGACAUGGAGGGAACCCUGAAGACCUGGGGCAUACAGGUGGGAGAGGGAGAGAGAAACCUCUAUACUAGCCCCAGACAUUUCCUGUUUAGUAGCUUUAAUGGUCUGUGAUUAUUUGUUGUGGUGUUCUGUGUGUGUGUUUGUCUGCCUGUCCAUUAGGAAUACUGCCUCCUGCCCAGCAACGGAGUGACCAAUGAGGCUCCAGAACUGCUGGGUAGACUCCGCCCACACAUGGACUGUGUAACUCACCUGGAGACUUGUCUCCAUGGUGACAGGCUCCUCCUCCUCUCAGCAUCUGCAGACUGUAGCGUAGCUCUCAGCUACCUGCCUGGGGACACAGUGGGCGUGUUCGGACAGGUGUGUGUGUGUGUGUGUGUGUGUGUAUGUGUGUGUGUGUGUGCUCGGUCACAGGUGUGUAACAGGUACUCAUCUACACCAGUGGAGGCUCCUCAGAGGAGGAAGGGGAGGACCAUCCUCCUCAAUGAAUUUCAUAAAAAGAAAUAGUGAAACAUAAAAAAAGGAUAUCCUUUUUAGAUACAACUAUACUAAAUAUAAAAUAGUUGAGUAAAACACACUGCUUUGCAAUGAAGGUCUACAGUAUCCUCAACAGCACUCCGUAGGGUAGCAUCCUACAGUUUCUGUCCUCCUUGACUUCAAUACAAAACCUAGGAGGCUCGUGGUUUCACCCCCUUCCAUAGACUUACACAGUAAUUAUGACAACUACCGGAGGACGUCCUCUUGCUCUUGCAGCAUGAACUGACAUCACAGGAGGUUGGUGGCACCUUAAUUGGGGAGAACGGGCUCAUGGUAAUGACUGGAGUGGAAUUAGUGGAAUGGUAUCAAAUACAUCAAACACAUGGUUUCCAGGUGUUUAAUGCCAUUCCAUUUGCUCCGUUAAGGCCAUUAUUAUGAGCCGUUCUCCCCUCAGCAGCCUCCUGUGACAUGUUGUCCACCCAAUCAAAGGAUCAGAGAAUGAAUCUAGUAAUGAAAGCAUAAGCUACAGCUAGCUAGCACUGCAGUUUUUAACAUGUGGUGAGUAGUUGACUCAAAUAGAGAGAAAGACAAUAGUUGAACAGUUUAAUUUCUUAAAAAAUGAAGAAGCGAGAGCUAGCUAUAUAUAUAUAUUUUUUUAAACUUUCACUUACUUAGCUAGCUAAUGCAGCUAGCUAGUUUAGCCUACUCAAACACCUGGCUCAAACAGAGAGGGAUGCUAUGUUAGCUAGCUAGCUAAGUCAAGGUAAGCUUUUGGUUUUAUUAAUUUAUUGCCACCGGGGCCCGCCGGUGUAACUGCUAAACUGCUUGCUGAAUAUACACUGUACUGCAUGAUUGUAGUGGGUUUACCAACGCGUUAGUUCUAGUAGCUAUGUUGACUAUGACGUUAUUAUGGUGACAACGAUGUAGGCUGUGUGUAGCGGUUAGCGGUCAUGAUAUGAAGGUUUGGCUUCAAAUGUUUUUAUACAACGAUCAAUGGGAUCAUGCUGUUUGUAUGUGGCUGCUAUGAAAAUGAACUGAGUUUGCUUGUGAUCAGGGGUGUAUUCAUUCUACCGAUUCUGUUGAAAAACGUGUCUUAAAUGGAAACAAACGUAACGAAAUGGGGAUAAACAUGAAUUUGUCCAAUAGAAACUCUUAUUUGCCACUGUUGGACUAAUGAUUACGCCCUAGAUCAGCUAGAUGCAGGCAAGAGUGUGCAAGGCGGUAUUGAAUGUGUCACUGUCUGUCACCUUGAUUACUAAAAUGUAUCUCAACCUGUACACCUACGUUGUAAACCUUCAUUUAUAAGCUAGGUUGUAGCAACCUCAUGAUGGGUAUAGGGACAUUUUGAGUAUUAUGUAGUAGCCUAAAUCUAUCAAUGUUACAUUGAACUGGGUGAAUGGAAUAUGAAUGACAGUCAUCCAACAUGCUGUAAUAGAAAUAAGGUAAUGCUCAUGAAAAAUAUCGUCCUCCCUCAUCUUAAACGGCACCGACCGCCACUGAUCUACACACCCAGUAACCCUAUGAACUCUGGUAGGCAGUGAUUAUCACUCUGGUAGGCAUCACUCUGGUAGGCAGUGAUUAUCACUCUGGUAGGCAGUGAUUAUCACUCUGGUAGGCAGUGAUUAUCACUCUGGUAGUCAGUGAUUAUCACUCUGGUAGUCAGUGAUUAUCACUCUGGUAGGCAUCACUCUGGUAGGCAGUGAUUAUCACUCUGGUAGGCAUCACUCUGGUAGGCAUUAUUCUGGUAGGCAUCACUCUGGUAGACAGUGAUUAUCACUCUGGUAGGCAUUACUCUGGUAGGCAUCACUCUGGUAGGCAGUGGUAGGCAUCACUGGUAGGCAGUGAUUAUCACUCUGUAGGCAUCACUCCGGUGGGCAUCACUCUGGUAGGCAGUGAUUAUCACUCUGGUAGGCAUCACUCUGGUAGACAUCACUCUGGUAGGCAGUGAUUAUCACUGGUAGGCAGUGAUUAUCACUCUGGUAGGCAUCACUCUGGUAGGCAGUGAUUAUCACUCUGGUAGGCAUCACUCUGGUAGGCAUCACUCUGGUAGGCAUCACUCAGGUAGGCAGUGAUAAUCACUCUGAUAGGCAUUACACUGGUAGGCAUCACUCUGGUAGGCAUCACUCUGGUAGGCAUCACUCUGGCAGGCAUCACUCUAGUAGGCAGUGAUUAUCACUCUGGUAGGCAUCACUCUGGUAGGCAUUACUCUGGUAGGCAUCACUCUGGUAGGCAUCACUGGUAGGCAGUGAUUAUCACUUUGGUAGGCAUCAUUCUGGUAGGCAUUACUCUGGUGGCAUCACUGUUGUAGGCAUCACUCUGGUAGGCAGUGAUUAUCACUCUGACUGAGUGUGUGAACAGUAUGUGGGAGGUGUGUGGCUGAUGAAUUAGAAAUGAAACCGGACUAAACUCUGUUUAGAAGUGUGUUUGUAAAAAGAUGCUUACUGAGUUUAACCCCCCCCCCCCCCCACACACACACACACAUACACACAUCUUUAGGAGGAGCACUGGCGUUUGGACGGGCCUGGAUCUGUCCAAGGGGGAGAAGGAGAGCCCAGGGAGGGGACAUUGUCGCCGCAGAGCCCCAGUGGGACAGACCCUGAGCUGGACAGCCAACCCCUCAAGGUGCGGGAGGAGAGCAGAGCAGUAGUGGAGACAGAGGAGGCUGGGGAGGACACAGGCCUGGAGAGAGAGGAGCUGGGGUCAAUGUAGGUUCCCACUGUGUCACAACAAGACAGUCUGAACUUUAUGAUCGUAAUACGUUCUGAAAGGGACUGAACAUACUGUACACAGCUAGAAAUCCCACUGGAGACAAAAGACUGGUUGUAGCUAACUAGAUAUUCGCCAUACACCAACACAUGACAUAAUGUCUUUCAUCUAGUAAUUCACUGUGAUGUCUGCAUGAUGUGUGUGUUUGUGUGUCUGUAGUAUUCCCGGUGACUGUCUUCCUCCAAGUAGUGUUUUGGGGCGGAGCUACAAGGAGAGGCGGGGCCUUAGGGUGAGUGACAGCCGACCUGGCCAUAGGGAGACACCACUGAAUACUGAUGUUGGUAAGUCCAGACUCAGCUAAUGGGUUCCCUCCCUGUAUUCUCCUGCCAGCCUUCCUUUCUCCUCUUAUCUGAAGUCGUGUGUGUGUGUGUGUGUGUGUGUGUGUGUGUGUGUGUCCUCCCUCUGCAGGUACGUUCAGUGGGCUGCGUAUCGGAGAAGUACAGUCUGUAGGAGAGCUGUCCAGGCCAGAGUUUAUCACACACCCACACCGCUACUUCAACCAUAGAGACAAUACCAGCCCAAUAUACCCAGCCAUACCUGCCAACAGUGAGGGUACGCCCCUUUAUUGGUGUGAAUAAAAAGAAACAAAAAUAUAAAACCAAAAGUUUGAUUAAUAAGUCGUUUUAAGAUCAUGUAUAGUUGAAAGAUAGAAUACAGGUCUGUUAUUUUGUGUCUGACUAGCUUCAGGAUGUUAUUCCCUCUCUGUGCCCUCAUGCAGUGGUGAAGGCUGCCUUUGACGAGCGGAGUCUGUUCCCUAAAGAGCUCCUGGAUGGAGAGGACAAGACUAUGCAUGGAGCCAGGAAACAGAGGAACAGGGAGAAGCGGAUCAACGCCAGGGGGCGUGGAAGGAAGGACAGGUGA